AUGCAAUCAAGACUUUCAUCCAUCUUCUUUUUCUUAUUGGGUUUGUCAUUUUGCCUGACAAUCCCUAUUCCCCUUGAAGAUAGCCAUGAAUUCACAGAGAAAGACCUUCAAUUUGCAGAGCGCUAUCUCAGGACUCACUAUGACCUCCGUCCAAAUCCUGCUGGCGUAAUGAGGAAGAGUGCCAACACAGUGGCAUCCAAACUUCGAGAAAUGCAAGCCUUUUUUGGCUUGGAGGUGACAGGCAAAUUAGAUGAAGAAACAUAUGAGCUGAUGCAGAAACCAAGAUGCGGUGUCCCAGAUGUGGGGGAAUAUAACUUUUUCCCUAGAAAACUCAAAUGGUCAAAAACUAAUUUGACAUACAGAAUUAUGAAUUACACUUCAGAUCUGAGACGUGCUGAAGUAGACAGAGCUUUCAAAAAAGCGUUCAAAGUUUGGUCUGAUGUGACACCGCUGAACUUCACCAGAAUACGAAGUGGUAUAGCUGAUAUCAUGAUCUCCUUUGGCACUAAAGAACAUGGUGACUUUUACCCCUUCGAUGGACCCUCUGGAUUACUAGCUCAUGCCUUCCCCCCCGGUCCAGACUACGGUGGAGAUGCCCAUUUUGAUGAUGAUGAAACUUGGUCAGAUGAUUCUAGAGGGUAUAACUUGUUUCUUGUUGCUGCCCAUGAAUUUGGUCAUUCACUGGGACUUGAACACUCUAGAGACCCUGGAGCUCUUAUGUUUCCAAUUUACACAUACACUGGAAAAACUGGUUUUGUGCUUCCUGAUGAUGAUGUGCAAGGGAUCCAAGAGCUCUAUGGUGCUGGAGACAAAGAUCCCAAUCCAAAACAUCCCAAAACACCAGAGAAAUGUGAUGCAGAUUUAUCACUUGAUGCAAUAACAGAACUUCGUGGAGAAAUGCUGGUCUUCAAGGACAGGUUUUUCUGGCGACUGCACCCUCAGAUGGUUGAGGCAGAACUGGUGUUACUUAAAUCCUUUUGGCCAGACCUUCCAAAUAAAAUAGAUGCUGCUUAUGAAAACCCCAUCAAGGAUCUUGUGUUUAUGUUUAAGGGAAAGAAAGUCUGGGCUUUGAAUGGCUAUGACAUAGUUGAAGACUUUCCUAAAAAGAUAUAUGAAAUGGGGUUUCCGAAAGAAAUGAAAAGAAUAGAUGCAGCCGUCCACAUUAAAGACACUGGCAAGACUCUCUUUUUUACUGGAAAUAAGUACUGGAGUUAUGAUGAAGAGGCGGAGGUUAUGGAAGCAGGCUACCCCAGGCUGAUAGAGGAAGAAUUCACAGGAAUUGGUGAUAGAGUGGAUGCAGUCUAUGAAAGAAAUGGUUAUCUCUACUUCUUCAACGGUCCACUGCAGUUUGAAUACAGCAUCUGGAGCAAACGAAUUGUCCGUGUCCUGCAUACUAACUCUAUAUUUUGGUGCUAA